AUGGCACCGAAAGAUCCCAAUGGGAAUUCAGCUGCUGGACCAUCAACGUCUCGGACCAAAAAGCAAAAGAAACGAAAUGUCAAAGAACGUAGCGUUGAUACCUCUGAUCGCCCGAUCAAAUCAGCUAGAUUAGCAGACGACGCCGAAGAGGAAGAUGAAGAUAAGACUGGACAAGCUGGGGGGGAUGCUGUGGACAUGUUGGAUUCAGGAGCUGGAUCAUCAACCAAUCAUCAAUCUCCUAUCGAUCCAAUGGAAGCUUUAGAGGGACAAGGCGCAAUCGAAGGUGUCACUGUGUUAAAAGCGGAUGAAUUUGAAACUGAAGCCGAGAGAGAAGUAGAAGCUUCGAAAGGCUUAGACGGUGCGAGUACAGAAGAAGGUAAAAUGAAACUGGUGCAUCAGGUUCGACAUCAAGUCGCUGUCCCACCUGGAUUCCCAUACGUGCCUAUAUCCCAACACAAACGACUCGAUCCACCCGCAAGAGAAUACAAGUUCACUUUGGAUCCUUUCCAAUACGUCUCUACAUCGUGUAUAGAGCGUAAUGAAUCGGUUCUGGUAUCAGCUCAUACUUCAGCUGGUAAGACAGUGGUAGCAGAAUUUGCCAUUGCAACCUGUUUGAAGGAAGGGAGAAGAGUUGUUUACACCAGUCCAAUCAAGGCGUUGUCAAACCAGAAAUAUCGAGAAUUUUUGGAAACGUUUGGCGAUGUGGGAUUAAUGACGGGAGAUGUUACUAUAAACCCGACAGCUUCAUGUCUUGUCAUGACGACUGAGAUUUUGCGAUCGAUGUUGUAUAGAGGAUCGGAAGUGAUGCGUGAAGUUGCUUGGGUCGUAUUUGACGAAGUCCAUUACAUGCGUGAUAAAGAACGAGGUGUUGUGUGGGAAGAAACUAUCAUCCUACUUCCUCAUUCCGUCCGAUACGUCUUCCUUUCAGCUACCAUCCCCAACUCCAUGGAAUUCGCAGAAUGGAUCUGCUCAACGCACGAGCAACCAUGUCAUGUAGUGUACACAGACUUCCGUCCGACACCGUUACAACACUACUUGUUCCCAGCUGGAUCAGAAGGUAUAUAUCUUGUAGUCGAUGAAAGGAGUAAUUUCAGAGAAGACAAUUUCCAAAAAGCAAUGGCAGCUUUAGCUGCUGGACAAGGUGAAGAUCCAUCUGAUCCCAAUAGUGGAAGAGGUAAAAAAGGUAAAACUAGAAAAGGUGGAGCUAUGAAAGGUGAAAAGUCUGAUAUAUACAAAAUCGUCACGUUAAUUAUGAGAAGGAAUCUCAACCCAGUCAUCAUUUUCGCUUUUUCAAAAAGAGAAUGUGAAGAUUUAGCCAUGCAAAUGCAAAAAUUCGAUUUCAACACACCAGAUGAAGCUUCUACCGUAGGUCAAGUAUUCGAAAAUGCCAUUAGUGGGUUAUCAGAGGAUGAUAGGAAACUAUCACAAAUCGAAGGAAUAUUACCUUUAUUAAAAAGAGGUAUUGGAAUUCAUCAUGGUGGUUUAUUACCGAUUUUGAAAGAAGUGAUCGAGAUUUUAUUCCAAGAAGGGUUAAUUAAAGCUUUAUUCGCGACUGAAACUUUCUCAAUUGGAUUGAAUAUGCCUGCGAAAACUGUGGUCUUCACUUCGGUAAGGAAGUUUGAUGGUAAAGAUUUCAGGAAUCUAUCGGGUGGUGAAUACAUCCAAAUGUCGGGAAGAGCUGGAAGAAGAGGUUUGGAUGCUAGAGGAAUAGUUAUCAUGAUGUGUGAUGAGAAAAUCGAACCUGAUGCUGCAAAAGGAAUGGUCAAGGGACAAGCGGAUAGGUUAGAUUCAGCUUUCCAUUUGGGCUACAAUAUGAUCAUCAACUUGAUGAGGGUGGAAGGCGUCAGUCCAGAAUUCAUGUUGGAAAGGUGUUUCUUCCAAUUUCAAAAUUCGAUGAGUGUGCCUGUUUUAGAGAAGCAACUGAAAGAAGCGGAGGAAGAGAGAGAUGCGAUUGUGGUCGAAAAAGAGGAUGAGAUUAAAGAAUACUAUGAUCUUCGUCAGCAACUGAAAGAAAAAGGGCAAGACUUCCAAGCUGUUAUCUCACAUCCUACAUAUAGUUUGAAGUUCUUGCAAGCUGGACGAUUGGUUGAGAUCAAAGAUGGCGGUAAAGACUUUGGAUGGUGUGUGGUCGUGGCAUAUAACAAAGUGGUCAAUGCGAAGGGCCGAGCACCGAUAUUUACUGAAUCCGAUCCACCCCAAAAACAAUACGUUGUAGACGUUCUCACUCGCGUAGCAUCAGGAACAUCGUCAAAUCCAAAAGAUCGAUCUUCAUCACUCCUCAUCCCACCACCAAAAGGAGAUCAAGGUGAAAUAGCAAUUAUAGCCUGUUCAUUGAUCACCGUUCAAUCCAUUUCUCAAUACAGGAUCAACUUGCCAAAAGACUUGAGAGGGCAGUCGGAGAAGAACACUGCUUUCAAAGCUGUCUCCGAAAUCAAAAAGAGGAUGCCUGACGGUCCACCUUUGUUAGAUCCGAUCAAGAGCAUGGGCAUCGAAGAUAAGAGUUUCAAGGAUCUUGUCAAGAAAAUCGCAAUCCUAGAACAACGUCUUUCAUCUCUCCCUAUCACCUCAUCGUCCUCAUUACCUCGUCUAUACGAUCUAUACGAUAACAAACAGAAAUCUAUCGAAGCUGUCAAAUCACUCAAACGAAGGAUCAACUCCGUUCAUGACAUCUUGCAGCUUGAAGAACUGAAAGCGCGUAAGAGGGUUUUGAGGAGAUUAGGAUUCACCACUUCAGACGACGUCGUCGAGAUGAAAGGAAGAGUCGCAUGUGAAAUCUCGACUGGUGACGAACUCAUGUUGACUGAAAUGAUGUUCGGUGGCACUUUUGGUGAUUUGGCUCCUGAACAUGUUGCUGCUUUACUAAGUUGCUUCGUGUUCCAAGAGAAGUCCGAAGCGAAAGUACGGUUGAAGGAAGAUCUAGCUGCCCCACUAAGGGUUCUACAGGAAACAGCAAGGAGGAUAGCUAAGAUAUCGAACGAAUCGGGUAUACCUCUUGUCGAAGAUGAAUAUGUCCAAAGCUUCAAGGUAGAAAUGAUGGAUGCUGUGUUGCAAUGGUGUAAAGGAGCCAAAUUCAGUGAUAUCUGCAAUUUGACGGACAUAUUCGAAGGAUCGAUCAUCAGAUGUUUCAGACGAUUACAAGAGCUGAUAAGACAGAUGGGUCAAGCAGCACACGCGAUAGGUAAUACUGAAUUGGAAGAGAAAUUCGCCAAAUCAAUGGAAUUACUGGAAAGACCCAAUACAGUGGUAUUCAAUCCUUCGUAA